CCGAUAUCGCCGUAUUCUCUCGCCUCGGUUGUUCCCGAGAUACAUACGCCGCGAUGAAGUUCAGCAUUGAAUCCACGGCUUCCUACAACAGCAUCCACCCGGCCUAUCACUAUACCGAGCAGUUCGCCAAUAACGGCGAGACCUAUCGGGACGGUACCAAGUGGUACGGGGUGUUCCUGGCCUUUCUGUCGGGCACCUUCUUCACCAUCAGCUCCGCCCUGGUCAAGGCGAUCCGCAACGUGGACCCCAUGAUCCUGCUGGCCAUCCGCGCCCUGGCGCAGAUCCUGACGAUGGCCGUCGUGGCCUGCAGGUCGUCCGGCGAUCUCUUCGGCCCUUCCGGCCAAAGGGUACUCGUGCAUUUUCAGGGUCUGGUAGGCGGCAUGACCCUCUCGUUGCUAUACUACAGCUUCCGAGAAUUACCUCUAGGCGAUGCCACCACGAUCAUCUUCAGCUCGCCGGUGAUCGUCAUCGCGCUGUCCUUCCUCUUCCUGAAGGAGCCGUGCGGUGUGCUGCGGGUAAUGGUGGUCUGCACGCUCUUGGCGGGCGUCGUCCUCGUUGCCAGACCACCCUUCUUAUUCCAGAUGCACCGCGCUGAAAGCUACAAUCUUAUGGGAUAUCUGUGCGCCAUCCUGGCCACCGUCUUCACGGCGCUCAACAUCGUCGUCAUGAGGAAGUGCUCGGAGAUACAUUACUCCAUCCUGGUGUUGAACCUGUCGUGCUGGUCGUUCGUCUCCGCAGUGUUCUUCUACUUCACGGUGUCCGGCCACGGCGUCGGCCACGAGCUCCAGAAGUUCCGGCUGCCGCACGACUGGUUCACCUGGGGCCAGAUCCUGCUGGUGGCGUUGACCGGCCUCACCGGCCAGGUGCUGGUGACCAAGGCGCUGAAGAUCGAGGGCGCGGGUAAGGUGUCGGUCACCAGAUCGCUGGACAUCAUCCUAGCGUACCUGAUCCAGGUUUACCUGUUCGGCGAUAAGCCCACGUCGACCAGCCUGACUGGCGCGAUCCUCAUCAUCUCUUCCGUCGUCUGCAUGGGUUUCGAGAAGGAGAUCUACGCGGUCUGCGACUUCAUUCCUUAG